AUGGCCUUCGAGAGGGAUGUGGCUUGCAACGUCUGCGAGGCUUUUCAGCCUAAAGUGAAAGAGGCUCAUCUGGAGAGAGCCAGAAAGGAGAGCUCCGCGUCCUACGCUGCGAGGUUCAUCUCCGCAAAGCGCGUAAAACGCUCCAGGCAGGCAAGGGAUAUUAUGGACCUGAAGGCCCAGAUGGCCCAGUUACUGGAGCUAUUGUCUAAGCAGACCACAGCAUCGGCCCCUGCUCAGGCUCCGUUGCAGCCCCAAGCACCAUAUUCCCCCUCCCCGCAGGGUGCGCAGGGAGGGUGGGAAGGUUCGCCCCAACUGGCACAGGAGGACGCGCUGUCCAUAGCCGCCUCUGGUGAUGCAGCUUCGUUCUCCUCUGAUAUACAGAGGAAGAGCCCGGCUCUGAGAGUGUGUCGGAAGCCAAUUCCGCCCCGUUGCCUAGCUCGGUCUCGGCUCUUAUGGAACGUGCUGCAGCAUUCCUGCAGGUUCCCUGGACACCGGCGGCACAGCCGCGCCGCUCCGUGUUCCGGACGCAGGUGCUGGCUCCCCGCCCGCAGGUGGCUGCGCUGCUCCCUCCCCGCGCUCCGGCGUGGAAUAGGUCGAGCCGUUGGCGGGCUACCAGGGCGCAAACUGUCACCAGAACGGUUCCAGUCCCCACAGCCCCAUGGGGAGGAGGGGUACUACUCGAGAUACUUUCUGGUACCCAAAAGAGAUGGAGGGGUUCGCCCCAUCUUAGAUCUGAGGCUCUUGAAUGGGUUUCUGAAAGAAAGGAGGUUCCGAAUGCUGACACACCAUCACAUCCUCCAGUCUGUCCGGCCGGGCGACUGGUUCACAACUGUGGACUUGCGGGAUGCAUACUUUCAUAUCCCCAUUCGUCCAGAGCACAGGAGAUACCUGCGGUUUUCCUUUCAGGGAAGUGCGUACGAGUUUGCUGUGCUGCCGUUCGGGCUUUCCCUAGCUCCGCGUACGUUUUCAAAGUGCGUAGACGCUGUACUGGCUCCCCUGCGGCUGCAAGGGAUCAGGGUUUUAAACUAUCGUGACAACUGGUUGAUUUGUUCCCAGUCUCGAGAGGGAGCUCUAGCCCACACGGCAAUUGUGACGGAGCAUCUGGUCAGGCUGGGUUUAGCCUUGAACGAUGCAAAGAGUCGGCUCGCACCAGUGCAAUGCACCACGUAUUUGGGGCUCUGGCUGGACUCCAAUGCAAUGAGCUUAUACCUGUCGGACGACAGGAUAGCAGCUAUUCAGGGUUGCCUCUCCCUGUUUAAACAGGGAUCGAAGGUAACCCUCAGGUUGUGCCAGAAACUACUGGGUCUGAUGGCCGCAGCCACGGUAGCGAUCCAGCUGGGUCUGCUUCGCAUGCGCCCGCUGCAAGUGUGGCUCAAUGCGUUUCACCUCAAUGCCAGACGCGACAAACACCGCAGGUUGACUGUGUCUCGCACAUGCUCAGCGACCCUACGCUGGUGGAGGGUUCCCUGUCACCUGCGCAAGGGUGUGCAAAUGGGAGUAAUAUUGAAUCGCCAAGUGGUGACAACAGAUGCCUCCAGCCAGGGCUGGGGAGCAGUCUGGCAGGGCAGGGGAGUCAGCGGAUCUUGGCCGGACCACUGGGCAUCCCUGCACGUGAACAUACUGGAGUUGCGGGCGGUGUUCCUGGCUCUCCAGCACUUCCUUCCAGUGCUGAGCGGUGCGCAUGUGCUGAUCCGAACGGACAGCACAACAGUAGUGGCAUAUAUCAAUCACCAGGGAGGCCUUCGGUCUCCGGGGCUACAUCGCAUAGCCUUCAGGCUAUUAAUAUGGGCCCAAGCCAACCUGCUGUCCCUGCGGGCGACGCACAUUCCGGGAGUGGUGAACUUAGCAGCGGAUCUCCUCUCCAGGAGAGGUCCGCAUCCGUCAGAGUGGCGUCUCCACCCUCAGACGGUGGAGUGCAUUUGGGAACGGUUCGGGAAGGCACAGGUCGAUCUGUUCACUUCAGCGGAGACGACACAUUGCCCCCUGUGGUACACCCUCUGUCACUCAGGCGGUCCACUAGGCGUAGACACCCUAGCACACGUUUGGCCCAAAGCGUUUUUGUACGCUUUUCCUCCUAUACCGUUGCUCCCGGCUUUCCUGGAGAAAGUCUGGUCGGAGAAAGCGUCAGUUCUUCUAGUGGCCCCCAGGUGGCCCAGGAGGAUAUGGUUUGCGACCUUGUGCCAGAUGCUGGACGGCCAGCCUUGGGAGAUCCCGCUUCGCCUGGAUCUCCUCACUCAGGCACAGGGCUCCCUUUGGCACCCGGAUCCAGGCAGGUUCCAGUUGUGGGCCUGGCCCCUGAAAGGGACCGCUGGCUAGCCCUGGGGCUGUCGGACGCGGUUGUGAGCACUAUGCA